CUCGGACCAGCCCGGUGAGAAAGAUGUGAGACUAAACAUUUCCCGGUACUAACUGUUGUAGACACAGUCUAACACACACGCUUUACCAGUAUCUGAAGUCUUCAGACUUUGUUCUAGUCUCUAAUUUGAAGUAGAGGAAUGCGAAGAUUAUGUCAGUGAGAGGCAGGUACUGCGACUAGCGCUAAUUACUCUCUCUCUCUCUUUCUCUCUCUCUCUCUCUCUCUCUCUCGCUCUCUCUCUCGCUCUCUACUCCCUCCUCCUUGCCAGUGAGAGAAGCUGGGGAAGGACAAUCACCAGAGACGGAGAAGUGAAACAGUUUAAGACAGAAACCAAAAGAGAAAAAAAAGAAACUUCAAGAGUUUUUUUAUCCCUCUGGAGUGUCAAACCCUGUGAUAACUGACACGAUAAGGGUUGAAAUACAGAGAGACGGAGAUGAAAGUGACUGAUCUCCGGUGCCUUUGAUUGGUUUGAUUCAUGCAACGUAAAGAUUGUCUUUGACAGCUACUGAAGACUGCAGACUCCAAUCCUGAUUGGAUGCUUAUUUCAGAAUGACAGCAGAAGACUCCGCCUCUGCCGUUGCAAUGAGUAACCCUAGCCCUUCCUCAACUUCCAUUGACCCCUCUGGAUAUCCUCAGCCUCAAAGCGCUGUCCCGGAGGGCGUGGCCGGGGCCCCCAAUGAAGCUGCACUUUUGACCUUGAUGGAGCGGACCGGCUACGGAAUGGUCCAAGAAAACGGACAGCGCAAAUAUGGCCCGCCCCCUGGCUGGCAAGCCCAAUCCCCACCACGUGGCUGUGAAAUAUUUGUGGGUAAAAUCCCACGUGACGUUUAUGAAGACGAGCUGGUGCCAGCAUUUGAGUCUGUUGGACGGAUCUAUGAGAUGCGUCUAAUGAUGGACUUUGAUGGAAAGAACCGUGGCUACGCGUUCGUCAUGUACACGCAGAAGCACGAAGCUAAGCGAGCUGUUCGCGAACUCAAUAACUAUGAAAUCCGUCCAGGAAGGUUGCUUGGGGUUUGCUCUAGUGUAGAUAACUGCCGACUCUUCAUUGGUGGAAUCCCAAAGACGAAGAAACGAGAGGAGAUCCUGGAGGAGGUUUCCAAGGUGACGGAAGGGGUGUUGGAUGUGAUCGUGUAUGCUAGCGCGGCGGACAAGAUGAAGAAUCGUGGAUUUGCCUUUGUAGAGUACGAGUCGCACCGUGCUGCUGCUAUGGCCAGAAGAAAGCUCAUGCCAGGACGAAUUCAGCUCUGGGGGCACCAGAUUGCAGUUGAUUGGGCAGAACCUGAGAUUGACGUAGACGAGGACGUCAUGGAAACAGUAAAGAUCCUAUAUGUACGGAACCUGAUGAUAGAGACCAGCGAGGAGGCUCUGCGGCAGACCUUCAGCCAAUACAACCCUGGUUGCGUAGAACGUGUCAAAAAAAUUCGAGACUACGCCUUUGUUCACUUUGCCAGUCGGGAUGAUGCCGUGGUUGCCAUGGACAACCUUAAUGGCACGGAGAUCGAAGGCUCCCGGAUCGAAGUGACCCUGGCCAAGCCUGUAGAUAAGGAGCAGUACACUCGCUAUCAGAAGGCGUCGAAAGGGUCGGUGGCCGUGACAACUGUCGAAAGCCCCCAACAGCAACAAAGUUAUGUCUAUCAGUGUGACCCGUACACGUUAGCCUACUAUAGUUAUCCAUACAACACACUCAUUGGACCCAACCGAGAAUACUUCAUCAAAGCAGGUACUGUUAGAGGCCGCGGUCGUGCCGGGGCUGGUAACAGGGGCCCAGGGCCUCGCGGCUCCUACCUUGGUGGCUAUUCAGCUGGCCGAGGAAUUUACAGCCGCUACCAUGACGGGAAAGGCAAACUGCUGGACAAACCUUACGAGCUCAUGACCAAUCUAGAGCUGGCAGCUGUGAACCAAGUGGGCAUCAAGCCUGGCACAAUGGGACUUCAAGCUCUCGGUGGGCAAUACCCUGCCAUGUAUUCUACUGCUCCAGCGUCUAAAUUAAUGGAGGAGGGGAAGAUGCAUGCUGUGGAGCACAUUUUAAAUCCUCUGGCCCUCCAGCAUGACCCCGCCACGGCCCACGCCACUGCUGCUGGCAUACCUACUGUCUCCACACCUCCUCCUUUCCAGGGUCGUCCUAUAACUCCAGUCUAUCCCAUGCAUCAUAACGUCCAGAGGAUCCCAGCCACUGCCGCCGGUCUGUACGGGGCCGGAUACAUGCCAAUAGCUGCCAACUCUGCAACUCUGCAAGCGUUGCAGAAGAACGCUCUGGCAGCCUACGGAGGAUACGCCGGGUACGUGCAUCAUGCCUUCCCCACUGCGGCCACCUUCCAGAUGCCUAUUCACGACAUAUACCAGACCUACUGAGACAGCCGCAGCAUCAGUCGAACACACACACCACAUCAGCACAGACCAUUAGACGUUCACGCUUCAUCGAUGAGCCCCGCCGGCUAAUCGAAUCACGCAGAGCAAAAUUGACACACUCACAACCUAACUAAUUGAUUCGGACUCGCGCAGCUCCCUGGCAGACUUUAAGGUUCCUUGGGGGGAGCAUGGAUGUAAAUUUCAGUGCUCAGUGAUUUUCAGAUUCGUCCGCUAAAUUUACUUCAAGCCACUGACCUGUGCUCGCAGACUCCGUGACAUUCGUCCAACUCUGGCCUACAUUUAGUAAUCCAGACACAUGACGCUGGAAUUCUAAUCUACUGAUUUGAACCAAAACUACUAAUGCUAGAUGCUACUGAUCAGCUUAUCAAGACGCCUGAAUCCAUUUUCAUCUCCGACUGAGGGACUUUAAUCCCUUUGUGUUAUACAUGUUCGUGGACUCGGAUUCCCGCAAUGUGACAAGAGCUCCACCCAUUUUUUUCCAAGUCCAGCCAUCAUUUGCCGUUGGCCAGAUUCGCUCUGAAUCAUAAGCCAUGACCCGAAUGAACGACAACUCAAUUUUCUCCUCUCACACAUUCCUUAUUCCAAGCAGUUUGACAACGUGUUGUUUUAUUGUGUGUUUUUAACAACCCUGCUUCUUAGUCGAUCAUCACUGUGUACUUGAUAAAGCGGAACUGACCCAAAAGUGAUAUGUUAGAUGAAGAAAUCACUCGUAGAUUCACACCUGCUGACAUAUCAUUGUCUUCCCCACACACUCCAGCUGAAGAUGGCCGCCGUACAGCAAACACUCCUUUACUUGAGGAGAAUACUGAAGGAACGUUGUGGUAUUUUUGGAGUUUGAAAAAGUGUAUUUAAUACCACUCAUUUAUUGCCUUUGUUGCGAUUUUAUUUUGUGAAGAUAGACAGAAAACAAUACUGUAAAAAGAACAAAAAUAAAAGUUUUGAACUGCUGAGCAGGAUUUUCAACAACCACAGAAGUAAAACGUUUAAAAGUGUUUCAAGAAAAUGUUUAUGUAUUUUGAGUUUAUAACAUAUUUGCGUUAAGUGUGUUGCGAUCUUCCGUCCAUCGGAUUUCCUACCUGUUGUGACUAACACCUGCUUCAUUUUAUCUCCAUCACAGUUUCACGGCAUGUUUUGCUCGUGCUUUAUAUAGAUUGUUUUGAAGAUUUAGCCUAGUUGGUUUUAUUAGUUGUUUUUAGUGUUGUGAGGACUUUUCUAAGCGAAGACACGGACCUGUAAUGACUUAAAGCGAUGAAAAUUCUGUCAUCAUUUACUCACCCUCUUGUCAUUUCAAACAUGUGUGAAUUUCCUUUUUCAGCAGAACACAUUCGAUAUUGUGAAAAAAGAUAAUAACCAAACAGCAGUGCACCCAUUCACUUCUAUUGUACGGACACAAACCAAGUAGGCCCAAAUGUGUUCCGAUUAACAACAUUCUUCAAAAUAUCUUUUUUUUGUGUUCUGCGGGAGAAAGAAAAUUAUACAGUUAUGAAAUGAUAAGAGGGUGAGUAAAUGAUGACCGAAUUUUGGGAUGAACUAUCACUUUAAAGACUAAUGACUAAAAGCAACCAUUAGUAAAGCAACACCCUCAAGUUUGCAUGCAUUCUACACGGGUACAUUGAUUUUAAUCGUUCAGUUCAGAGAAUGUUUGAAGAAAUUGGCAACACUUUCCAAUAAGGUUGUACCUGUUAACAUUAGUUAAUGCAUUAGCUCACAAUGAAUAAUUAUACAACAUUUAUUCAUCGUAGUUCGUGUUUAUUUCAGCAUUUACUUAAACAUUAGUUAAUCCACCAUGAACUAACAUGAACAAUUGUAUUGGCAUUAACUAAUAUUAACAAACAUUAAUAAUAAAUUGCUAGUUCAUGUUAGUCAAGGCAUUUCUUUUAACUAAUGUUAACAAAUGCAACCUUAUUUAUUGAAGCUUUUAAUUAAAGAAACCAAGAAUAAAAGCAUAGGGUAGUUUAUUGAUUACCAUUGGUUGUAUUUGUUGGUUAUUAGUUAAAGACUGAACUGUGCAUAAUGCAGAACUAACUGCAGUUUUUCACAUAACAACGGACUCAAUAAAGUUAACAAUGUAUAUUGAUGUGGUCUUGAAUUCAAGCCAAGUCGACACCAUAAAAGUCUUCAGUGCUCUACUUCCAAUAAAAAUAAAGUACAGCUGCCCUACGUUCUCCUAAAGUUGACUGUACUGCUGUGCACUUAAACAUUUUUGGGGAGUUAGAAGUUUUCUUUUUUGCUGUGUAUGAAUGUGUCUUGUCUGUGUGUGUAAUAAGUGACGAGUAGGCACUUUGGUCUUUUUAGGAGUAUUUCAAGACUCCAUUAACUGGAUUAAACUGGACCAAACUAAAAGCAGGGAGCCUUUCGUAAACUGUAUAUCCUCCUUAAAAUUGCUGUAUGUCACCACAAAGCCUUCUGAAGAGCUCGACACAUGGGUGCCUUUAUUCAGAUCGCUGUCUGACAAGUGACAUCUUAAACACUGUUUUACCACGAUGCCUCUCCUCUCUCAUCAUUUAUGAAGUUUUUUUCGUGUGUGUUAUAUCUUAUUGUUUCGGGGGCUCUGAGUGUUAGUUUUGCUGCUUUAUGUUUUGUUUUUCUUUAAUGUGUUAAGAACAGAGAUAUUAAGUAUAGCCUGUGUUUAGAAGAGACUGAGUUUAAAUUUGAUGGGGAAAGCACAAGAUGUACAACCAAACAACGAGUGACAAUCCAGAGUUCACAGUCUACGCAAUACACACCAUCUAAGCUAAUAGCUACACAGAUUUUCACACACAGUCAUUGAGGAUAAUGUUACUCAAUCACUCCAUAUGUGUUUGUCGUGGCAGGACUGUGUGUUGGUCAGAAAAGUGAACAUCCCCAGUAGUCGUGUUACUCUUUCUACUAAAAUCUUUUAUUAUGAGUAAACAGUCAGGAUAUAUUUAAUAUAUACAGUACAUUGUUUUUUGUUUAUGAAGUAAGAGGAAAUGCUAUAAUAUAUUUUUAAGAAGACUUUUUCCAUCUCUUUAUAUGUGCUGGUUUAAAGAGUUUAACAACAACAGCAAAACCAUGUUUUUUGUAUUUGCCAAAGUUUUCAAUGAGAUGUGAACUACUGCAAGAGUAUAUUGUGUGUGUUUAGAAAUACACAAGUGAAUACUUGUGAACCCAAAUUGAUGAUGCAUUUAUUGGCAGAAUUUGCUUUCUUUUGCUAUCAUUUCGUAAACACUACAUGUGUAGCGUUUCCCCCAUUGUUGUUACUAAAAAACAACUGAACAAGACAAAACGUGACCUCGGGAGAGGACAUUUAGAUCGUCGAAUAUUAUUGCCAAAAUAUCUUUCCUUUCUUAGAUCUACUUAGAACUGUUUUCUAUCUUGUUGUUUAAAGCUUUUUUGGCAUUGUUGUAUUUAUAGUGGUAGUUUAAUAAAGCAUUUUCAAAAAGGAAA